AUGCAAUUAAUGAUUAUAUAUCCAACAAUUACUAAUUAUUUACAUCAUUCACCAUUAACAAAUAUAGAUAGACAUUCUAAGUAUCUAUCAUUAUUGACACUAGUAUAUAUUAAGUCGUACACACAAAAAAAUAUCUCACUGUACAGUCAGACCAUAUUAAUGGAUAUUAGCAUGUUACAAAUAAAUCAAUUAGUUGUUCAGUAA